CUGACACACAGACGCGCGCACUUGGAUAGCAUCAAGUCGGAGUAAGGUCUUCUAAAGCUGUUCUGCUUACUACUGUUCGCCUUUUUCCACAAAAAAAUCAAUAAUCAUGACCUCAGCCGAGCACUUGGCCAAAGUAAAGGCCAAACUAAAUGCAAUUAAAGAGAAAAUCGACCAGACAGAGGACCGUGAGCUCGAAGCUAAGGAAAAAUUAAGGGAGGCCGAGGAACGGCUCGAGAAAGCACUGGGUGAGGUCGAUUCCUUCAAGCGUCGAAUUCAACUUGUACAAAUCGAAGAUAAGAAAGUCAGGGCUGCUUUGGAAGUUAAGGUGCAAGAGUUAGAUGGAAUGGAAAGAAGAUCUAAGAGCGAGGAAGAGCAGUGUAAGAGCUUGGAAAUCACAGACAGAGAGAGCGAUGAAAAAAUGCAUGAAAUGGAGGAUCUCGUUGAAGAGACCGACAUACGCGAUAAGGACGUUCAAACCAAGGUCGCUGAAGUUGAACUAAAAUUUAAAGUCACACAAAAUGAGCUGGAGAAGGCGCUUCAACGAGCCGAAAAGUUUGAAAACAUCUCGAGCAUGAUGGAGGAUCAACUUACUGGAAACGUAGAAACAAUGGCGAGCCUAGAGGAGAAAGACGCUGAAGCUUGUGAGAGAGAAAUCGAAGGAGAGGAAAAAGUCGCCUUUAUGCAGGACGAGUUGAAAGCAAUGGUCUACCGCUACGAAGAGGCCGAGCGAAAAGCUCCGCCACUCGAGAACCUCAUCUUCGCCAUGAUGGAGGACAUGGACAACCUGAAGAUAAAGAGAAAGGAAGUCGAGGAUGAAAUGAAAGCCAUGGGAGACCUUGUCGAGGAGGUCACAGUGGAAAAAAGCGCGCCCAAACCAUCGCCAUUUGCAGAACCGAAAGAUGAAGCGGCCGAAGAAGAGGAAGAAGAAGAAGAAGAGUAAAUGCUAUCUGUACAAUGUUAGAAACUGAUACACAAAUUCACUAAGGUCGAACUUAAUAUCAUGAUUAUUAUCACCUCAAUGCUUUUAAUUCUAUCUAUUUGAAAAAAAUCUCCUGUGUAAAAACAUAUCGUCACUUUGUAAUGAUAUUAAAGUUGUUCAAUUUCAA